GUAACUACUCAUAUAUGGGUUUAUUGGUCCAAUAAAAUACUCUUAGCAGGAAAAGGGUUUUGAAACCCUAAUUGAACCCUUCCUCUGUAGUUGUGUGGCGGUUGCAGGGACUAGUUUCGUUACUACUCUGUUUUCGCAUGCCUGCAACUCCACCGUGUAACAAAGGAAGUUCUACCGUAUUCGUUUUCACUCCUCGCCAAGUUUUGUUAAGCAACCAAACCAUGAAGAACACUGCGCAGAAUGGAACUCUAAACUCCAAGCGGGAAUCCACACUUCUCCUUCACCAUGCCAUUGCCCGUUACUUGGAACUCUCUGGCUUCUCCAAGACGCUCAAAAAAUUCCGCUCCGAAGCGCAACUCGAGAAAAAUGAUUUUGAGGAAUCGCGGCUUGAUCUAGAAGAAAUGCACCUGAAGUAUUUAGAAAUAUGUGGUAAAGAUGCUAAGGCAAAUAUCAAUGAUCAAAAUGAGCAAGUUGCAGAUGUGCCGGACAAAAACAAAGAGGGUAAAUCCAAGGAAAAGAAGAAAAAGAAAAGCAAGUUAGUCUCUGAGUCUCUCGCUAAUAGUGUGCAAGGCAAUCAAUUGGAGUCUGUUACUACUGUUGCAGAUAAUAAAGUAAGCGCUGAUGUUUCUACAGAUGUUAAAGUUAUUAAUGGUUCUGAGACGCAGAAAAAAUCCAAGUCUAAGUCGAAAAAGAAAGACAAGCGAAGUGGUCAAAGUGAUGAAAUAGCACAUACUGAAGAUCCCAAUGAAACUGUUUUGAAGGAAGAGAAUAUUGAAUUCUCAAGCAAAGAGAAGACAAGUGAGGAGAAAAAAGAUUCUAAGAAAAGAAAAAGAACAAUUUCUGAAGAAAAUGGUCAAGAGGUUGCAGAUGUAAAGGCAGAUGAAGAAAACAAACGCAGAAAAAUAGAAAAUAUAAAUGCAUCUAAGGAGUCAACCAAGGAAAACAUUGAGAACACUGCAGAGAAAUCUUCUGUACAGAGGUCUCAGAAGAAACAGCAAAAGGAAUCAGUUGAGAAACCAGUCAAGACGGCAUUUCAGCGAGUACAAGUUGACAAGAUACAGUUUACGGAUGAAAGGCUCCAGGAUAACUCUUACUGGGCAAAGGAUGGUGCCGAGAAUGGUUAUGGUGCUAAAGCAGCAGAAAUUCUUGACCAAGUUAGAGGAAGGGGUUUUCGUCAUGAGAAAACCAAGAAGAAACGUGGAAGCUAUCGGGGAGGCCAAAUUGAUUUGCAAUCUCACUCAGUAAAGUUUAAUUAUUCUGACGAGGAAUGACUGGGAAGCAUCUAGAAUUUUUUUGCCUCAAUAUAUGCAUGUUGUCUUUGUCUUUUAUGACUGAUAGAUGUUCCCGAAGGAACGAAAAUUUUUGUUGGCAAAAUGAAGAAUCCUUUUGUCUGAAAUUGUGAUAGUGGAUAGAUGAAAUCUGUAUUGAUUUUCUAUAUGUGGUUGGUGGAGUGUUUCUGCAGGUCAACCGUGAUAUUAGCUUGA